AUGUCUCAAAUCAGAACUUUUAAAAAAUGCAGAUUACUAGUCCAGAACCCAGAAGAUUCUAAUCCAAUAGACUUGGGACAGUACAUAGGAAGACGGUUCUGCAGAAUCGUCACCCUCCACGGAAGAAACACCUUCGGUCUCAGCGGGAGGAAGUGGUGCACCCACAGUAGCGAUUCUUCUCUUUGCAAGGGCGGCAGGGCGCAGGGGAGCAGGGGCGGGCGGGGAUGGGGGCGGACUGGCUGCGCUACGGCAUCGGGUGCCCAGGGUCCGACGCGCGCCCCCGGCCGGCCCUCCGGCGCGACCCGCGUGAUUGCGGUGGCCCUGCGCAGCCGGGACUGGAAGGAGGAGAGGAAGUGGGCGCGGCUUGGGAGCUCUGCCCCGCAGGCGAGUUCCCCGAAUCUCUGGGGCGCUGCGAGGCCCCCUGCUGGCCUUCAGCUAUUUUCCCGGUCUGGAGCUGGGGGCCCAGAUGCCCCGGCAUCCCGACCAUCCCUGAGAGCAGCUGGGGGCUGGCCUGGCAAGACCAUGGAGGCGCCUAGGAGUCCUGGAGGAAGAUACCCGCUCUGGAUUCCCCCUAAAGAAAGCCACAGAGGACAGAGGCAGGACUGGACCAUGGAAGUUUCCACGUGGGUAGUAGGAACCGGAAAGGAGACCCGCGGAGGAAUAGCGCUGAAAGGCAGUAGAAAACCACAGCUGUGUGUAGAAGAAUGAAACUCUACCAUUCUCUUAAAUCAUACGCAAAGAUGAACUUGAAAUGGGUAAAAGA